AUGGCGCCAAGGUGGAAAUGGAAAGGCGCUGAGGCAAAGGCGCUUACAGAACCUAUUUCAAAAACAGUCUUAGAUCUCCAAUCUUCUUUGUCUCAAACCGAGGCCUCGGAGCAAGCUGAGCUUUUGGACCGCAGUUGUUUUGGUAGACCUGUUGUUUGUGCCGAGAAAGACAAGAGAUGGAUCCAGUUAACUUUUGAAGAAGCUUUCUUUUUGUUCUACAAGCUGAAAUGCAUCAAGAUUUCCCUUCAAGGUAGUUUCUUGGAGAACGAGGUUGACUUAUGGCGAUUCAUAAGAUUCUUUAAGCCAAACUUUGCUACAUCUUACAAGGCUUAUUCUCACCUACGGUUAAAGAACUGGAUUGUUGAUGCAGCGUAUCGUUGGUGUUGUUGGUCGUUGAGCAUACGGACAAGUGUGGAGUUACGUGCUCAACAAGAUAAAGUUUAA